AUGGAUGAACUAACAAACCAUUGCAAAGGUUUAUCACUUUCGGACAGAGAAGGGCCAACCUUCAAUCUAGAGGAGGAGAUGGCCAUGCCAGAAUUUAUCAUUGCAACAAAAUUCUUCAUAAGACGAGCGUUGAAUAUGGAAGCUAUUGCCUUGACAUUUCAGCCUCUGUGGAGAUCAAAAAAUGGAUUCAAAGUCAAAAAUAUGGGCAAUCACAUAGUCCUCUUUAUUUUUGACAACAAGCUUGAAGUUGAAAUUAUUCUCGAGAAUGAACCUUGGAACUUUGACAAACACCUCAUGGCGUUGCAACGAUACGACAAGGACACGCUAAUUGAAGAGUUACAGUUCAAUCAAACUUCCUUUUGGAUACAAGUACAUGACAUUCCAGUUAGAUUCAUGAAUCAAAAGGUGGCAGCGGGGAUUUGUAGCCAGGUUGGUACGAUCAUUAAGAAAUCUGAAACAGAGGGAGAGGGUGGCAGUUUCAUGAGGGUUCGGGUUAGGGUGGACAUUACUAUUCCAUUGAGCCGAGGAAGAAUGGUGUCAGUGGGGCAAGGGAAGGAAAUCUGGGUAUCGUUCAAAUAUGAACGCCUACCAAAUAUCUGUUAUUAG